AUGGAGACCGAGGUGAAGCGGCGACUUGGUGCACAUGUGCAGCGCCGCGGUGACGGCUUCACGGAGGCGGAGUCCAUAGGAAUGCUGCAAUUGGUUCGCAAUCGUUGGCGUGAGGGAUGGGAUGUUAUUGCACAGCUCCACAACGCGCAGUUUGCCAAGCACAGCCGCUCGGCCGACUCGCUCAAGAAAAAAUUCUCGCGCCUGUAUCGCUCCACCAUUCCACCGCGCGGUGCCAAGAAUCACCAGGCCAUUACCUUUGCUCACGUUGUUCACAAGGAGAUGAUUGAGGGUGUACCACCCGCUCCUGGUGGCGUGCCGAGCCGCACGCAGGACGGAGCUGAUGAGACGGAGCACAGCUGGGUCGACACAGCCGAGGUACCGACUGCUGCUACGUCGUCUCCAGCACCGGUGUCUGUCCCAGCUACUGUGGCUACGCCGCCUACAGCCGCUUCAGCUCCUCGUCCACGCGCGCGGAUGCCGCGGCCGACGACUGAGUGGCAGCAUCCGGCGGUUUUCCCGGCGGACGCAACACCAUUGCCCACCGACGAUUUGCUGACGUCGGUACUCAAGGUGAUUCUCCGCUCCCAAUACCAGCGUGACCUGGACAGAGAAGAGGAACGACAACGUCGGGAUGAAGAACGGCAACGUCGCAGGGAAGAGGCCGAGCAGCGGAGACAGGAGGAGGACCGUCGACGUGAUGAAGAGCGGGAAGAGAGACGUCGCCGCAGUGAAGAACGCACUGAAGAGCGUGCCGAAAACCGCCGCAGGCAUGAGCAGUUUAUGCAGAUGAUGACUCUGCUCGUGAGCAAGAACAGCGCCUCCUCCCAGCGAGACGCUGAGUGUUGA